GACGGUUACAAAACGACCGUUGCGCCGUGUUCGGACAUCCCCACCGGAAAAAAUAUUGUUGUUUACGCGCUACGCAGCGGCGGCGCACUGACACCAUCGACGUGAUUACCGGACGUUAAAUUCGAACGCGGAAAUCACAAAAAAAGUGAAAAACCCGCGCUUUUAUUGUUUCGUUGUUCGUGUCCCCGCCGAUCGCAUUCCGCCGACGUCGAGUCGACCGUUUUCGUCGUUUGUUUUUUCCGACGACACCGCCGCAGAAAACCUUCCCGUACCGAGUUUCGCCGUCGUCUGUUUUUUCAUUAUCCAGCGAGUUGUGACCAACUCAGCCGGACAGAUCUGCAUCUGCUGUUCUCAAGCGGUACACCAUGGACGACUUCACGGAGCGCAUGUUGGAAAGAACACAAAGGCGUCAAGAGCUACUUGCAUCAACAUUGUCCCAGGUAUCCCAACCAGUGCUAACACCUUCAUCAGGCAUAAUGGAAACUUCAACAACAAUUCAGCAAUCACUUUCACCACCUUCGCGUCGUCAGCGACGCACUCGCCUUGCUGAACUUGCCAGCCAAGUAGAUCAAUGGUUGUCAGAUGAUCAGAACUUUAAACAAAGUGAAAAUAUUUCCAAUCCCAUGAAGACAGAACAAAUCAAUGAUAGCCAAGAUGAAUCUAAAAAAUUGACAGAUGUGUCCCCAGAAUAUACUUUUACAAAAGAUACAAUUAAGACUAAUGAAAAUAAAUCAACUGGUACACAGCAACCAAUACAGAAGCAGUAUAGUAAUAAACUUAAGCAAUUUCGCCAACAGCAGCAGUCAAAUAAUGAACCUCUGCCUCAAAAAAAUUCACCAAAUAUCACAGUUUCUUCUUUGACAGUUGCACAACGUCGAGCAUUAUUCGAGCCAAACAAUGCUACUCAACAGCUGAGUAAAAAACCAAUUACCACUACUACUGUAACCAUAUCUCUGACUAAAACUACUCCUGCUCCUGUUAUUACUAAAACCUCAACGACUCCUAGUGAAGCAACAGAAAAAUCUGAAGUAGAUGUUAUUAAAACGCCACCACGUCCUAUUCCUUGUAGUGCAUCUACUCCACCUUCAAGACGUGGUACUAGACCAAGGACAAGCCAUGGUGCUGCUGCAGCCUCAAACAAUUUGAGUGAACAGCAWCGCUCUGUAUGGACUCCACCAUGUAUAAAAAAUGUUCUUCUAAAAAAGAAAUUGAUCAAUGAACUGGAAGAUUGUGAACAAAUUUCCGAUAAUAGUUCAAAGGAUACAAUUGGAAAAAAAAGUCCUUUUGAUAAAUAUAAUCCAGAUUKCUUGAAAUACAAGCCACCUUCACCAUCUGCCAACUUGUAUCCGGACCUAUCUUUGAUAAAAGACGAUGACUGUGAAAUUGAAACUUCAAUAACUCCAUUGGAAACCCAAUCUAUAGCAUGCAAAAGACGCAGCAAUGGAAGUAGUGCUUUAAACACUUCUACUGCAUCUUCUGAAUCUAUACCUGAAGACUGCGAUGAUGCUGACAUUUUGGGUGCUAAACGCUAUCGGAGCCAACAGAAAGAAAAUAAUCCAAUUGAUGUAGCUGCACUUCAAGAGGAAACUUCUCAAUUCUCGCCUGUCACAGUGAUUAAUACCCCUGGUGGUGGCCACUGUUCUAUGUUGUCAAGUCAUGCAGGUAGUCCUCUGUCUCAAGCCUGUUCUAGUUUUAUAUUUCAACGUGGUAAUGAAAGUCUCUAUGGUAAUAAAAGUUUUUCUACCUCAAUGGAGCAAAGGCAAGGUUUAGAAGAUCAGCAAUCCAGUGCACACGCCAACCAAUUACCUGAGUCACGGCUUAUUGACAAAUACUUUGAGUUUGUGAAUUCUGAUGGAGAAGAAGAAUCAUCAGAACUUAUUCCCCRUAAUGUUCUAUCACCUAAUCAGUUAGGUCCUCGUGGCCGACUCCAGUUUGAUGACAGCAAACAUAUUGAUGAUGUUGAACCUGACAAACAUAACAGUAGCAGCAGCAGCAAUAGUAGCAGCAGUAUUAAACCAGCACUUGUACACACAGUGAGCACAUAUCGCAAACAACAGCAACAACUCCGUUUAAAUGGUGCAAAUUCUUCUAGCAAGCAACAAAUGAGAAUUCCAGAACGAGUAAAUGAAGAACAUGAUGAAGAUACUGAUGAAGAAGAAUUACAUUUGCAAGAGCUAGAAAAAGUUGCUGCACGGGCUAGAGACUUAGAACGAACAGUGGUACCAGAGCAAGACCGCAUUAUUGAGCAAGCCACCCAAGCUUUAAAUAUUUGCGAUGUGUACAGGCAAAAAAAUACCCUUCGGCCAGUGACUUCUCAUCAAUUUUCACCUGAGCAUAUACACGCUGAACGACUUUUGUUGAUUGCAGGUUUGAGACGAACAGACGCAGUUCGUGAGGCUCAACGACUUCGUGUUGAACGCACAUUGUUACCAGGUGGCAUCAUGGGAGAAAGAUCUGCUUAUUUAAACGCUCAUGGUGAUGGAAAGACUCUCGUUAUUCAGAGUCUUCGUGUUCCCAUAUUAUCAUCUUUGAAUAGUGGUGGAAACCACAAUAAGAUUAAGCAUAAUUCAGGUGAGGGGUUAGAAAACCUUACUAGAUGGCCAGGAGGGUAUAGGUAUUUUGUUUGUGCAAUCCGAGCGGUGGCUACUGUUCACCGACCACCAGUGACUGCUGCUUCCCGACCGGCUGAUGCAGUUGAAGAAUCAGUGUUUCGAUUCUCCAAUGAUGCUUCCACCUGCCGUAACACAGAUGAAAUAAAUUAUGGAUAUGUUGAAUUUAUUACUAAAAAAAGAGUCAAAAACUCUGGUAGCCGAAAGUGUCCAGGUCCAACAGAAUCAGAGGGUGCCCCUAUAAUGAUCCAUGGGUUGGAUGACAGAGGAUGGAAAAUCACCGUUGAGCUAUAUGGUGUAUCACCAACAGGUACAGGGGAAAAUGAUCACCACAAUGGUAGUAAUGUCAAAGAACAUGAUGUCCACGAAAAUAGGAGUGUAUUGGACAAGCUAUGGUCAACAGUCACUACUCCCAGUAAGGAACCCAAAAAACAUCAUGGCUCUACAGCAACAACAUGUAUUGAAUCGCCAGGUGGAYCAAUGGCUGUGCGGAAUACAGUGUUCCGACAACUUGGUUAUUUCGUAUUUUCUGAUGGUCAGGUGGACCGCAAGCAGUUUACUUUGAAUAAGGUGCAUCAAUCUGGUUCAAACAGUUCAAGGGUUAAUACAAACAUUGCUGCAGAAGAAACGGUGCGCAUCCGCAUGUGCCUUCUAGAGGAAGGAGAGCAAUAUGAAAAUGACUCAGAUGAUAUCAAUUUUGACAGCAAAUCUUCAGAAACCAAUACAUAUGCUGCUAAUAGCAGUAAAGCACUUAGGAUUCAAAAACAACUAAAAUUUCCAUUGGAGUGCAAACGAUUGGAAGGAUUUUUAACACUUUUUGAUGAUCAUGAGUUACGUUCACACAAUUUUGUACGGGAGUCUCARUGGAAACGUCAUACAGACAUUGGUGAUUGCUCUAAAGGUGGCACUACUUCGUGGCGUCGUCUUUGGUUUCGGGCUGAAAUAAUUGAUGUUAAUCAACAAAAAUCAAUUAAUAUCAACGACAAACUACAAGAACUGCAAAAUGACAAAAAUUUAAAGCAGCGAACCAUAGUGUUACGCUAUUGGAUGUAUCCUGAGUAUGCUGAACAAGAACGAGAGCCAUUAGGUAGCAUUGACUUGAACUGCUGUUUGCCGACACCACCACCUGAAGAAAAAAUUACAACUGCUGUCUCGGGUCAACAUCAGAAACAUAGACAAAAGCCAAUCCCUGCAGCUCCGGCUCUUCCAGACCUAUGCACCCGACCAAACACUCUGCGUUUGAUUUUGUAUAAUGAUGGCGUUGCAUAUGAUAGCAUGAAUGAUGAAAAUCUUGGUGAUGACAAAACUCAUGAAGUGCUGCUGCUGGCCGCUGACACAGCAGAAGAACGACGUGAAUGGUGUGAAACGAUAAAUGCAGCAGUGAAUGCCAUUAGUGAGCACCAUGAACAGAUCAGAUUAGUUUUGGCUACUGAAUUGAAAAAUAAACAGCAUAAUGAAAAGGAACAACAACAACUCCGACACCAAGUUGAACAACGUACUGGUGCUUGGCCUACAACAUCGGGUGGUACUCGCCAAUAUAGCAGUAAAAAAAAGAAGUUCUAUAAGUAAUUGAUGACUUCAAAAUGGAUCCCUCAAGUUUUUUUUAUAACUUGUUUCAUAUUUAGGCAUUCUUUUAUUAAUUUUAUAUUAUAUUAUUAUUAUAAUUAUUAUUAUUACUAUUAUUCUGUUUAUUAUUUUUUUUUAUUAUACCAUUCAACAUUACGUAUAAGAAGUUAUACUUGAAUUUUUAAAAUUCAACAUUUCAUAAUAUAUUUAGCAUUUUUUAAGUUGGAAUUGAAUUAACAUUGUUUUCAAUACAAGAUAAUUAAAAAAUAAAUUUUUUUUUAUAAAUUUUAAUAACUAAUUAUGUUACAUCAUAAUUUAUUCAUACACAAAUUUUUCGUAGUUUGUCAUUUUAUGUUUUUGCGAAUUAUGAUUAUUAUUUACAUGUUUUUAAAACAUAUUGUAAGAAGUGAAUUUACACCAAUCUUAUUUUAUAUACAUUAAAUAUAAUAUUUGAAUAUUUAGUUGUUAACAUCAUUAUUUCAUGUUAAAGAUAUUGGUUGAAAAUUAAGACUAAGGAAAAAAUAAUUAAAAUAUGAAACUUAA